GACGUGGGAAUCAGGAAAAAGAACGUAGGUGCAUUAAAUGCGCUGAAUUUGUUAAUAUUAAUGCUCUUUUAUAUCUUACCGAUCAGUGUAAUCAUAAUAAUAAUAUAUGUCUAUUAAAUGAGAACGAUGUAAAAAGAAUUACAAGUGAAAGAAUAUUUAGACGUUAUGAAACUCUAGUGUUAGAUUUCGCAUUAUCUCAAAUUUCUACCUUCAAAUGGUGCUUAAAUCCAACUUGUGGAUCAGGACAAGAUCAUUAUCAAGGAGAUGAUGCUCCAAUAAUGAUUUGUAAUUUAUGCGGACAAAAAUCUUGUAUCAUACAUGAACUUCUAAUUGAAACUGAAUGUGAAAAAUGUAAAGAACAAAUUAGAUCCGUAUUACAAGAAGAAAGAAAGGAAUGUAUUAUAUGUACCGAGAGUGUUAAUAUCAUAGCCUUUUUAAAUAUUACAGACCAGUGUAGUCAUGAUCGUAGAAUAUGUCGUGAAUGUGUAGGUGAAUAUAUCAAGCAUGAACUUGAAGAUAAUAGAAAAAUUAGAAUUUCUUGCCCAGAAGAUAAUUGUAACGAAAUAUUAAAUCAGAAAGAUGUGAAAGAAUUUGCAAGUGAUGAUGUAUUUAAACGAUAUGAAAAAUUUAUGCUAAAUUUUGCAUUAUCUCAAAUUCCUACCUUUCAAUGGUGCCUAAAUCCAAAUUGCGGAUCAGGGCAGGACCAUUAUCAAGGAGAAAAUGUUCCUAUAAUGAUUUGUGAUUCAUGCGGCCAAAAAUCUUGUAUUGUGCAUGGACAUCCAAUCGACACUGUGUUAGCAACACUUCGAAAUGCCGAGACUGCUUCCGAAUCCUACGUGGGUCAACUUAAGAAAUGCCCAAAAUGUGCGAGUAGAAUUGAAAAAAAUGACGGAU